AGUGAUAUAAAUGAAAACUUUAUGCUGUUUUAACAAUAAAUCCGAGGAUCAGUUAGCGGAUGUCGGUUUACAAGCUGUUCGAUUUUCGGGAAAUCUCAGAGCUUCCAAUUCUUUCCACGCAAAUUCAAGCAAUAGGUCGCGGUCGCCUUUCUUUGGCAGCAGUCACAACAGAAGAAGUUUUGCUGGAACAACUCGUUGUUUGAAUGAAACUACUAGCAGUCCUCAGCAUUCGAGUGACCAAGCGCCUUCAACAUCCAGGGUUGGGCCCCUAGUGCAAUCACUGUCUCCUUUUCGAGAGAACGUCGGAUCCAGACACCAAAAUAUUUCAGCAGCUCCCGUUUCACAUACUACAAACGCCCCUUAUCAGAAUUUAUUAAUUCGCAAUGGUAUUCAUGCUCGGCCUCCGGAUGACGACAACAUUCUCUACUCAAUUUUGCCAAGCUCUCGAUCGAUCGGAAACUUCGCGUUUCUACCCAAUCACCAAAACAACAGCCAUGCAACUCAUGCCGCCGCCUUCGCACCUAAUCCUUCUUCACUUUAUUCGUCUGUAAAUGCGACAACAGGAUCAUCUGCUGCUUCUGCUAUGCGACUGUGUCAGUGCGAGCAACACCGUGCCUUCUCAGACAUGCACUAUCACCCUCACGCAGCUCCCUUUCGGUUUAUACCCGGCGAUACUAUGCCAUCGAAGGUUUUCACCCAACGAGAAUAUAUCCACUUUCUCAUACCAGAUCAGCAGAAUAUUGUCAAAAGUUCAUUCUACUGGGGUAAAAUGGAUAGACAUGAGGCGGAGAUUCUUCUGAACGGCAAAGCAGAAGGUGCAUUCCUACUUAGAGACUCAGUCCAGGACGACUUCACUUUCUCAAUCAGUUUCAGACGCUAUUCGAGGACUCUUCACGCGCGCAUAGAGCAACACAAGCAUUACUUCAGUCUAGACUCUCAUGAUCCCAAUGUGUAUCAAAGCAGAACCAUUAAUGGACUUCUUGAACACUACAAAGUCCCAGAGAGCUCGUUGUUCUUUGAGCCGCUGUUGACUUUGCCGCAGAAACGGAAACAGCCAUUCUCUUUGAAGGCGUUAGCCCGAGCAGCUGUGUGUGACCAUGUCGGUUACGAUGCAAUAACUUAUCUAGAGGUCCCGGCCCAGCUUAAAGACUACUUGCGAGAGUACAACUACAAGCAGGUUUUCAGUGGGCGGCGCUUUGAUCCGAAUUCGUAUUGUCACCACACGUUUGGCCCCCCGAACUGGUUGGGGGCACCUCACGGAUGUCUGGGGGCGCCGCCUCCUUAUGGGGUACAUCCCAAUCGUAACAGCUCGCACCCUCUUACAGUGUUCCAUGGGAUUCCAAUUGGAGGACCGGGCAUGGGGUUAGGUUCUAGUAGACCCACGAUGCACCAUCAGACGUCUUUUUCACCGCACCACCGACCUAGAGGCUCGCUCUUCUUCUCGUCUCCUCCUCGACCUAGGUGUCCUACUUGCCCUAACUACCAGCAGAAUAUUGGGUCAUCGAUUUCAGCGCCCUUCAGCGUCACAGAUUAACCUUUUUUUAAAGCUCAUUGACUGUUAGUUCUUUUCUAAACUGGUUUUAAAAGCCAAACAUUCGAGUAAAUCUGCAUUUUCACAGCUUACUUGACAAAUUUUCUUUGCUCAAAUGAGAAACAUUUCUUUCACGAUUACGGAGAUAAAUUUUUAAAAUUCAGUUUUGAAAAGAAUGGGGUGCACUAUUUGCUUUUUUCACCAAAAUGACUGGUAAAUUGUUGAUGUCUUGACCUGUUAGCAAUAAUUACAGUUUCUGAAAGGUCGAAUGAUUUAUUUCAACUAAAUAUUUGCAUAAUUUUUGCUUUGAAUUGUUUUAAUUUUGAUAUUCAUAGUUUCAGUUUAUUACACAAUCUUCUGGCAGAUUGUAGAAUUCUAUUCUGGUUAUUAAAUUUAUUGUUAUCAUAUCAAACCUAGAGUUUAAUUUUCUU